AUGAGGGUCCGACGCCUGCAGAGCUACCUGACAGAGCGGAACCUACUGAAGAAGAGUGCCCUAGAAGAUAUAAAGAACUUAACGUUAGGGGUGGAUGCCCUAUACUUCUUACGAACGUGCAGUGAGCUGAAGGAUGUUCUAAGUGACGUGUCUGGGUGUGUCUCCCCCUGUAUAUUUCACCUGAUAGACCAGCAGUGCGACCAUUUCAAGAGCCUAAACUUAAAUGUGAUCUUCGUGUUUGAUGGGAUAACCCCCAGGGCGCACAAGCUCUUUUCAGCCCCUGUGCACCAAAAUAUAGAACAAGGAUGGUUGUACUAUGUAAAUAGGGAGAAAAAACUAUCCAAUUCAAAUUUCGAAAGAGCUUCCAACAUAUGUAAUGCAGAUGUUGCUUUUAUAUUAUUUCAUUAUUUAAAAAGCAAAGGAUUCAAAUGUAUGUAUGCUCCUUAUCUAGCCAUUUCCCAGCUGUCCUAUUUCGAUCACAUCCAUUUGAUAGAUUUAGUGUUUGGUCCUCCAACGAUUGUGCUGCAGAAUGUAUCAAAGGUUAUUCUAAGUUUUGAAUGGAAAGAGAAUUAUUUCGAAUGGGUAGACUUACCGUUUUUACUAAAUUUUUGGAACAUCACAAAUGAGCAACUGCUUGAUGCAUGUCUUUUGGCAGGCACAGAAUAUUGCUUAACCUUUCCUUUUCUUAAUAUGUCUCACUUUAACUAUGGGAGGAACGAUUUCAGCUUCGAGACAGCCAUCGAGUUCGUCCAGCAAGCAUCGCUCGUGAGCUACUUGGAACACCUCCCCAAUGAUGACGUGGGGGCGAACCACAUCCAGGGGUACUGCGUUUGCAAAGCGCUUUUGAAGUUCCCCAUCGUUUUGCUCUGCAGCGGGGAGGUGGACUUCUUCGCCGGCAACGUUGAAGUGGAGGGGGAUGACUCGGGCAAAGGUGGCCAGGCGGGGGGGGGUCCUAUCAGUGUUAGCGGUGUUAGCGGUAUUAGCGGUGUUAGUGGUAUUAGCGGUAUUAGCGGCGUGAGCGGCGUGGGCGGUCAGCCGAACUCGCCGCUUGAUGGAGAUGGUGCGGAGGGGGAUGCUGCCCACUUGGAAGGGACCCGCAAAGGGGGGAAGGCAAGUCGGGGCGUAUCUCAAAGUGGUGGUGAACCGGGCGGAGCGAACGAAGGGCACACCGAAGCGAGCGAAAAUGUGAGCGUGGCGUACCAAGAGGGAACUACCGUGCGAAGUGGCGAAGAAAGCGGUGCGCCUCGCCGAAAAUCCCAUAACAAUGGCGAAGCAGAUAGGAGCAACUUGGGGGGGUUCCCCUCCAGUAAUGAUCACAUGCAGGGCAGUGAAUCGGUAACCCCCAACGAUGGAGCGAAUCGCCUCAACGGUGAAGAAGCAUCGGGGGAGGGCAAACCCAAUGGAAAAACAAAGGCAGAAAAAAACAAAAAAGGAUUCUAUGUCGACCAUGUAAUGCCGGAAAACUACCUAAACGUGGUUGGAGCGAAGUUCCCGACGAGCGUUUAUUACCUAAUGUCAAUUGGGCUUCUGAGCAAAAAGAUCCCAUGCGUCUUAGCGUUAGGAGAGUGGAUUGACUACACGCACCCAAUAAUUGACUCGUUUGAGUAUAGGGACUCUCUAAUAGAUUUGAGGGAAUACCGCUGCCGGAUGUUGGGACUCAUUUCGGUGAAAUUGAAUCCUUUUUUUUACAAAAGGAAGAUCAAAUUUUUUGAUUAUGGGUACUAUGUGAAUAACAUUUUGGAUGGAAAAGAGAAUUUCACGUACCUGGAUGUGCGGCUGGUGGAUGGUUUUCUGUGGGACAUCAAUAAGGCCAACGUGGGUGAAGAGAUAAAGAGGCAGAACAGCAGCAGGGUCGACUUGCAGUUCAUUUUGCGCUGGCACUUGUACUCGGAGAGCAGGAGCGUAUCGCUCGUCUGCGGGAGGGGAAGUGAACGCGGCACCGAACGCGGCACCGAACGUGGCAGCGAACGUGGCAGCAGGAGUGGAAGUGAACGUGGUAGCGAACGUGGCAGUAGGAGUAGUAGUGAGCGUGGCAGUGAACAUGGCAGUGCUCGCAGAAGCGGGGGGAAUGGCCGCGCCACGGAGGAGGCGGCGCAGAGCUCAGGAGGGUACACAGCAGAGGAGCAGGACGCGGAAGGUGCGUCCAACCGGGGGGACGCUUCCAACCGGGGAGAUGCUUCCAACCGGGGAGAUGCUUCCAACCGGGGGGACGCUUCCAACCGGGGAGAUGCUUCCAACCGGGGAGAUGCUUCCAACCGGGGGGACGCUUCCAACCGGGGGGACGCUUCCAACCGGGGGGACGCAUCCAACCAGGGUGACGCUUCCAACCAGGGUGACGCCCCCAACCUGGGAGACGCUUCCGACGUGGAGAGUUCGCCAGAGGGCGAGUCGCACGCGGACCAAGUGACGAAGCACUACAACGACUACUACAAAAACCUGCUGAAGGUGAGCAACCAGAAUUUCGAAAGCCUCCUGUCCCUAGUGUACUACAUGUUUCUGGAAAAUCUGGGGAUCUUCACGAAAAAUUGCGGAGUCACCGUUUUUGGGCUUCUACUCUCAGAAGUGAGGAACAAAGAUAUCGACAGCAACAUUUUGAUCAUUUUUGAAUUAUUGAAAUUUGGUUUUUUAACCACGGAGCCUUUGGUCCCUCCAAAUGGAAAGGCCUAUCCCGAAAAUGCCUACGCGUCUGUUUUGAGUUCCAAAGAUUUGUCCGAACAAGAUAAAAAAAGUGUCACCCUUUUGUCUCGAAUAUAUUCCCUUUACAGUGUAGAAAUUGAUACCUGUAGGACGUAUGAUGGGCUGAUUGACUUUGACCUGUGUGCCUUCUUCGCUGUUGUUAAAAUUAUUAAAAAGACCUUGAGGCAGUUGCUGCAGGCUUGUGUGGCCAAUGUACUUAUAAGUAAUAUGGAGUUAAUACACCUCCUCCCGGAAAAUUUAUACAACCCUAAUGAUAGCAGUAUUUCAGGUUUUUUCGUAACGCACCACCUUAUGGGGGUUUUAACCAAGUAUUUUUUGCUAUUCAAUUUUGACGACCUAAAAAGGGGAGAGGCAACCUCCCGUGAGGGUUGCGGCCACCCCACCAGUGAAAGCGAAACGACUACAUCUGAGAGAGCACAGAGGGAGGGAGGAAAAUCUGCGGGGGGGGGAGAGGAAAAGGUGAACAGUGAAACCGUCAUGGGAGCUGCGGAAGGGAAUAACUCGAAGAGUAACCAGGUAAGUCAACACAGAGGGGAAGAAGAAGUUUCCCAGGGGGAUGCACAUCUCCCGCCCAAAAACGAAAAGGUCAGCAAAACGGAGCCCGUCGAACAAAGGGACCUUCAAGCGUUGAAAAGGGAGACCUCCAGGACAGAUGCGAAUGUGCCCAAUGAACAAGCGGAAUUAAGCGGUCCGAACAGUUGGAAGGGCUGCACCAUGAAGAAUAACAAACCGAGUGAGGAACAUGCCUAUGAGGGGGACAGCACCAUGGAAGAUACGUGCACUGAUGGGGGGAACUGCCUCAUCGGUGGAGACAUUGAAGGGGAGGGAACUGGGCCAAAGGAUCACGACCUCGUGGGGGGAAGCGGCGCACAAAGGAGGAGCAGCAAAGGAGCUGGUAGCGAAGAGACGGAGAAGGGAGAAAGGCAAAACGGCCAGUACCCCACGGGUCAAGAUAACCCACAAAACAACUUUAACGAAUUUGAAAAGGCCGUGAGGAAAAACUUCCCUAGCUUCCUAAACCCAAUCAUUGAUUUAUGUAACGCCAUAAACACCUGGAGGGACCACCUGAGUUUGAUUACGCAGCUGGAGAAGCACACCAACGUGUACGAUUUGGUCUCAGACCUGAAGGCGGCCGAUCAAUUUUUGCAGAAAAAAAUUCACUACAUAGGGUUGGACAAGACCACGGCGUAUAUGAACAUUUGCGCGUCGAACAAUGUGUAA